AUGCCGGAGCGAUCAGACGCAACGACAUCAAAAGAAACCGCCUCCGAGUCGAUGACAACGGAAACGAAGACCAAGUCCGCAACGGACCUAACGGCCACGAUGCCGGAGCGAUUAGACGCAACGACAUCAAAAGAAACCACCUCCACAUGCUCAUCUCCUCCGGUGGAUUGUGAAUUCGGCGGGUCGUUCUACAAUUUCAGCACUGCCAAGAUGAAUCAUACAUCUGCGAUUUCAGCUUGUUCCCAAUACGGAUCCCAUCUGGUCUUCAUCGAGUCGCAAGAGGAGCAGGACUUCAUCGUACGGGUUGUCAGUGAGGACUACUGGAUCGGGCUCACCGGCUCAAGUCUCAGUGAGGCAAGGCGCGUCGGAAGCAAAAUCAGCAUCACCACGACUCUUUAG